AUGGCUCAACCGAUAGAAGAAUCGUUUUUGGAUAAAUUACUUCGUACUCGUUAUCCACUGACGUAUUAUCUAAGUCGGCAACAACAAUUUGUCAAAUUCCAUUCAAUAACUCAAACUAUUGCUGCAUCAACUCCUGAACCUUCUGUAGUUGUGACAAAUAAAAGAAAAGUACCAUUGCCACCACCAGCAUGUUUCAAUGUACCUGAUACACUCGAUUUCAAUGGAACAGCACAUGAACCAGAUGAUGAAAUGGAUCGUAACAAUAAUCGAACCAAUGAAAGUAUUUGUGAUCUUACAAGUAAAAUUAAUUCAUCAAUUAUCAAACGUACAUCGGCUAUUCAUUUAGAAUUCUCACCAUAUGAACAAAAUUCACCAUUGAAUACAGCAAUACAUAAUGGUUUAAAUAUUAUCAAUAAAUAUAAUUAG